CCGGAAUUGUCAAACAGUGCAAAUAAGCAUCGUCAUUCCCAGAUGCGGCAGGAGCCCGAAACAGACCCUGAGACUCCAAGCUCUAGACAACAAACGCGAAACCCCUCGAGGUCAACUUACACCCCCCAUCUCAACCUACGAUGCAUUAAUAGCCUUUAUCGACACAUUAGCCGUCUCGGCACCGCAGCAUAUCCCCCAUGGCUAAUAACCGAGUCCCGAUCAACUAUCAAACACCCAGAUUCCCAUCGCUGUACGAUCCACUACCCUCCCACCACAAGGAGGCGUACUACCUCUACUACACGUCGGAUAUCUGGCGCUUCACGCUUUACUGGACAUUACUCUUCUACGGCGCGACACAUCUCACAGUCGCGGGGUGUGCGGUCCUAACGCACUGUCGGAAUUGGAGUAUCAUAUGGCUGGUGCCGUUUUUGUAUAGUAUUGUUGCGGGGUUGGAAGGGCUUUUAGCUGGGAGUAUUGUUGGGCUUGUACUUGGUGCUGUGUAUGAAGCGGGCAAUUUUAGGAUGUCGACCAUCCUGCCUAUGAUCUGGGGUGGUGUUAACGUGAUGGUUCUGAUUCUGACGAGCUAUCCUAUGCAAGGUGGGCUCUGAGGAUACAUCAAAAGCAACCUCUACAUGACCAUAUCGGAUCCAUCGCCUGCGGCCUUUCGUCCUCCAGCUACAACGGGUCCAAAACAACAUUCUCGGCUCAUCGGACAGGACAGCCCAUUCAUCCGACUCGGGAAUUGGAUUCCUAUUUUCCGUCUGUAUAAUACAUCGAAGAAUUGAUAUUCGCCAAAGAGCGCCGGCCGCAAAUCAAAAUGGCUAUCACAUGCUUAUAUGUCCAUUACGCCAGCUCCGCGAUACCGAAUUUGACAUGCACAUAAAAUGCAACCCGUCACCUUCUUUCUCCCAACGCUCUUCAUCGCCGACCACCAUCAGGGAUUCCACUGCCCUGUAGACCAGGUAACCCGCCAAAUCCAGGUGGCAUAUUCAUGUUCGGGGGCAUUGGGAAUCCUUGCGAUGCGAGUUGUUUUUGCAACUGCGCCAAAUCCAUGUUCAUAGGCGGAGCAUUGCCCAUGCCGGGAAUCAUAGGGAACCCAGGAAUUGGUUGGUUUGGUGGAGGAAGUGAUUGUGGCGGAGCAGGUUGUGAAGACAUAAUGGCGGCCAACCGGCCAGGGUCCAUACCGGCCAUACCUGGUAGCCCCGGCGGAGGAGGCGGUUGAGCACCGCCAAUGCCAGGCAGGAACCCGGCGCCAUCGGGCUGGGGAGUGCCACCGGCUUGAAUACCGGGCAAUGUAGGCGCACCGGGUCGUCGCUGGUCGACGAGACUCUCGGCUUCGUCCUGCAUUUCUUGCUCUUCUUCCUCGCGCAUCUGUCGACGGCCGAAUCCACGGCUCCAGGUGCCCUGGGCUUCGGCCGCCUCUUCGCCGAUAUGGAAUCGGUCUUUCAUGUAAUUAGUCUCUCCGGGUCUAGCCCGAGACCAGAAUCGAGUAAAGUUAUCCUUGGAUCCAGAUGCAAGGAUGUGGCCUAGUGGAUGCCAGUCCAGAGACCAAAUCGUAGCGCCGUGAGCAUAUUGCACCCGGUGUGCAGGGAAGAUUACCUGCGGGGGUGUAUUGGCCGGAUCGAGGCUGUCGUAUGGUGCCACGGUAGGGACAUGGCCGGCCGGCAGAUUAGGCUCGUCGAGCAAGUAGUGGUAUAGAGAGCCGUCCUCGGCUCCAGUAGAGAGCAAGUUGCUGUGAAUAGGAUGCCACGUCAAGGACGAAACGGGCUUCUCGUGUCCACGGAGAAUGCAAAUAUCCCGCAUCAUGCGCAAAUCGAAUACCCGCGCGGUCUGAUCCCGCGACGAAGUGGCAAGCAGGUUGUUAUUGACGCGGGAGAAUCGCGUCGAGGUGACGGUGUUCUUGUGACUGUGGAGCGUGGUCAGACACCUGCCCGUCCGUGGAUCCCAGAGUUUGACCUGGUGAUCCUUGGAACCCGAGACCAGCAGUCCCUUUGUCGGAUGCCAGUCGCAGGACUUGACGUCCCAGUUGUGACCGGAGAGAACGGUGUCGCAGGUUCGAGAUGUGAAAUCGAAGAUCUUGAGUGUUGUGUCGUCGGAAGCAGAGAGGAAUUUGGUAUCGCUUGGUGCCCAGGCCAAAUCUCGCACUGCGUCGUGAUGGGCAUCGUCGAUCGUUUCGACAUUGUUGAAGUUUGGUCGCCAGUAUUUGAUGUCGCCUCUUUGUCCGCCCGAGAUCAACCAUUCGUGGCUAUGAGACCAGGCAAGAGAUGUGACACCUGCUUGGACUUGAUCGUAAUGCGCCUG